AGGGGCCGGGCCAGCCGCGGGGAGCGGCCCGCCCGCUCGGGCCCGGAGUCUCGGCCGUGCCGGCGCUGCCGCCGAGCGGAGCGUUGCUUCCUCCUUCCCGUCCCUUCCCUUCGCCGGGGCCGGCGCCAUGGCCGGGGGCGCUGGGCCUGCCGCUCUCUGACACCCGCCCGCCCGCGGAGGCUGCUGCCAGCGGGGCUCCUCCGGGCAUCGGAAGGGAGAGUGGAGAAUUGCCCUUGCCCCGGGCGGAGCUGCUCCGUUCUCCUGGAGCUCUGGAAGGAAGGACUGCAAAGGGAACCUCUGGACGUUUCAUGUUUCGUCAGCCCGGCAGAAUUUUGGCUUUGAUUCCGUCUUGCUCUUACCUGUUCCUGGAGAAGAGGCACCGUCCCGCCAUGUCUCGCUACAGCCUCCACAACCUCCUGGACUGGAUGUAUGGGGGGGUGGACCCCAGCUUUGCCGGCAAUGGAGGGCCGGAAUGCGCUGCCUUUCUCUCGGGGAAGCAGCGCUUGCUGGAGAGUUUGGUCUUCCUCAGCGUAGGCAUCGUGGAGAUCCUCCUGUCCUUGGGGAAGCUCAGGCAUCUGCACCUCAGGGAGCUGGAGAAUCUGCUGCAGCAGCCCCAGGCUAAGCAGGAGAGCUUGGGCAAGAACGUGCUGCUGGUGCUGCUCUGCCUCAUCUUUGGGCUGGAGGUGGGGUUCAAGUUUGCCACCAGGACUGUCAUUUACCUCCUGAAUCCCUGCCAUGUGGUCACCAUGAUGCAGAUUUUUCUUCUCGCCUGUCCCCCAUGUCGGACUGCAAUGAUUCUCUUCAGGUUGCAGAUGCAUAUGCUGAAUGGGGCCCUGUUGGCAUUGCUGUUUCCUGUUGUUAAUACACGCCUGCUCCCAUUUGAAAUGGAAAUUUAUUAUAUCCAGCAUGUGAUGCUUUAUGUUGUGCCCAUCUAUCUGCUGCAGAAAGGAGGUAUCUACACUCCAGAGCCACUCUGCAAUUUCUGGUGGGCUCUUUUAUCCACGGGGUUUAUGUUUGUGUAUCACUUUAGCAUCUUGCAGAUUCUGGGACUGGUUACAGAAGUGAAUUUGAACAACAUGUUGUGCCCAGCUGUCUCAGAUCCUUUUUAUGGGCCCUGGUAUCGAGUCUGGGCGUGUGGACAUCAGACUGUCAUGACCAUGACCCAUGGGAAGCUUGUAAUCCUACUGUUUUACAGUGCUGUCCCCAUCUUUAAAUGUAGCAUGGACUUGCUCAGACUCCCAGCUAAGAAAAUAGACUGAAAUUUCUCCCCGUGGAGUCGUGCAGGAAGCAGAGACACCUAUACUGGAAAACAAGGAGGAGGGAUGAGAGGACAACGGCUUUAUACUUCUCCCCACAGUUUAUUGCCUCAGAAACACCUUUGUAAUCAAGUGAGGGGUUUUUUUUACCUGCUGUUUCUCACUGCCUAUUGCCAAUGGCAAAAUUAGUGGCCUUAUUCUGGGAAAGGUUUGUGUUUUAUACAUUUUGUAUAGAUUACAGUAGAAUCUUGCUAAGCCACCACUAAAGUUAGGCCAGGACCUGUCCACAUUCCAGCAAAGAGAGUGGCAGUGCUACCUUGUUUUGACUUAUUUUCCAUUAAAUAUAAGUACAGUUCUAUCAUGGGAUAGGAAAUAAUGCUGCAUUGCAACACUCCAGUGAUGUGAACGAACACAUGCUGAACCACAUCAUCUUGGCUUAACUCUUAGAACCUGAAUGUUCCCAAACAGCCACAGGAAACAAUGUUAAUCUCCCAGUUGUAAGUGCAAAGAAGUGAGGUUCUACUGUACUUUCUUUAAGCUGGUUGAAAAUGUUGGGGAACAAUAACUCAUUCAAACAAUACUUUUUUUGGUUUGUUUUUUAAAUCAACUACUUAAUUCUUAAGCUGCUGUGGAUAAAUAUCCAUCUAGUGAAGUCCCAUCAUAUCUUGAUGCUUUGGAGAUACUUUUAUUUGGCUGAAUGGAAAAAAAAUCAUGUUGAAAUAAUUUCAAAAGACCAUGUUAUGUAUAAGCCAUGAUAAGAUAAUGCAUCCACUCUUCUGUCCAGACUUUGAACAAAAUGUUUUUUCACUUAGCUUAGACUGGAGAAGGAGUGGAGAUACAAAGUCCAUUGUAAAGAUCAGAGUUCUCUUUUUUUUUUUACUUAGUAGCUUUUGAAACAUUCCUGCUCCGUCUACACUGCUCCUGGCUGAGUAGACUGGUUAAAAAAGGAACAAACUGAAACUGUUCUCUCCCUACAGCUCUUUUACAUUCUGUGUACUGAUUUUAAAAUACAGGUACAAACAGGAAUGUCUAAUCAGUACAGGCCUCUACUGAAAAGAACAUGUUCCAGUUUACUGGUAAGAAUAAAUCUUCUUUUGGAGAACAGGAUGUAGAUGGGCAGAAUGAUAAACGGUGAACUGUGUACCUGUUCAAAUUUUGCAAGGCUAGAGGAGAAACUGUUGGGCAGAAAGAUGGGAAAUCCUGAGUGUGUUCUUCCAGAACUGUGAGUCUGUGUCACAGGCUGUUGGGUUUUGAGGCUGCAGGUUUUUGUUGCACAGAAGUUUGUUGCAAUUUAUAGAUUCAUUGUGUUAUCAAAGCUGUGACUUGUAAGAUAAACCAAAACCACCAUACCUCCUUCAGCUGGAUCACCUGAAGGGAUGUUCUGAAGUUAGGGUACAGUCAUUUAUACCUCAGGAGGGAAAACUAAGGACAAGAAGUGGUUGAUUUUGGGCUUUUUGUCUGUUUUCCUUAAAAAAGGAAAAUUUUCAUUGGCGAAGGAAGAAGCGGCUACUUCAAAUAUUUUUAUUCUGUAUGAUUAAAAAAACCACACCUCAAUCAGAAAAAUAUUGUCCCACAUUGAUUUACAGACUAGUUUUUGGGUUUCUUCCAUGCCUUGCUCUGUGUGUUUGUAUGUGUACAUAUAUAUACAUAUACAUAUACAUAUAUAUAUAUAUACACACACAUACAUAAAAGAGAAUAGAUACAUGUAUGCUUACAAUUUGAGAACAUGCAGCAUGUACCUGAACUAUCCCUCAGGCAUAUACAGCUGGUGUGAGUUACACAGACUAUGUGGCUCCUGGUGUUUUUAAUUAGAAUUCAACUCAGAAGAUAAGCACCUGAUUUAACACAGAGUUCACUGUCACUCAGUGUUGGUACAUGAUGAAUUCCACUGUGGACUCUCCCUGCUGCAUCAGGAGAGCUGGGAAUAUCUUCUGAAGCGUUUGUGGAGCGGGGCCUAAAGAAAGAAUGUGUUGGCAUUGAAGGCCUGAAUCCAUCUGUGGAAGAUCACUGGAUGAGCUGCUGAAGGGAUGGAAGUUCUUGCUGGUUGUUUCAGCAGAUUCAGUCCUUUGUGAUGAAACACAGGAUGUUGCUGGGAGAUGCCAACACUGGAUGUUAAAGCCUGUCCCUUAUUAAUAUAUUUCAUCCCCUGUGCAGUGCUGAGCAAAAUACUAAUUCUUCCCAACCUGUAUCAUGGUUUAUUUAUUUACUUAAAAAUUCGGCAAAAUGCCUUAUGUUGGAUUCAAUUCUGUUUAGAAGGCAUAUUUGGUAUUACAAUAGAAUGAUUUUAGCCACAUUUUCCCAAAUACUAUUUAGCAUUAUUAUUUGCUUAACUUAAAGUUUUUUGUUUUUUAAAAAAAUCUUUCCUGUUUUUUAAAGAAUCUUUCCUUUUUUCCCCCCUCAGAAUAUUGUAGUUACUAGAAACAUUUCUAUAGGUAGCAGUCUUUUUUUUUUCUUUUUUAAACUAUUUAUAGUCAUAUGCUUCAGGGCAUUCCAAACAAGUAUAAAGCAGCUGCUGUUUGCCACCACUGACUGCCUCUGGUCAAUUAAAACUGCAGGAGCAUUUAAAUGAGCUCAGGUGUCUCACCAGUGUAGGCUCUUUGCUUGGAAUGCAAAAUUUGUGAGCUCUUCUGGCUGACUUAAAAUUCAGUAGCAGGAAUGGCAGAGCUGACAUGAGGGAAAUCCCUGGGCAGUUUGGCUGAAGGGAUUCCUGGUGCGGUUGUACCUCUUGCACCACUGGCUGUGACAGCAGAGCCACUGAGUGGUCACUGCUGCCCUCCUUCCCACCCUGGAUCAGAGCUGGCUGGUGGUCACUGGGCUGACUUGUGCUUUUCCCUGUUAUGCUGGUCCAAAAAAACCUUUAAGAUCAUCAAACCAACCAUU